GAUUUUUAUCCAUUUCCAGUAAUAAAAAUAAGCAUGGCCCAACGAAUACAGCAAAAAAGUUUCAUAGCAAAUCAUCAGAACCCGUGUUGUGGAAGCCGCUAAGUGAGAAGAUUGUCAUGGGGAACAAGGCUUCCUAUCCUGGUGGACACCAUGAAACAUAUGCUACAACUGAGAAAUCUUCUCCAGCUAAGCUCCGUCUGGCUAAAAAGUCACGAUCCCUCGACUUGGGGGACGCUCCUAGUGGUGGAAAUGGACAAAGUGUACAACUUCCGGUACAAGUGAAAACCAGUCAACAUUAUUCCUUGUUCCCAAUGAGCGUCUCAUUUUCUUCUCCUGGAACGCUCCAAGUAAAGGUAAAUCAUGUUGACCACCCAGGGGAUAAGGGAAAAUAUCAGCUUCAUCAAAAGGCUCCAGGAAGAUCGUUUGGAAGCUCUCAACAAUACAAUCUUACACCACAUGGUUCAAAUGCACAUAUGUUUAGCGACAGCAUUGUCUGUUCCCAGAGUCAAACUGUUACAUCCCAGUCUUCAUUCGAGUCAGAAGAGCCAAAAGUUGCGCGUGAGAAAGCUGUUGAACAGAGAAGUUUUGUGAUUCAAGAACUGGUGAACACAGAGAAGGAUUACGUCAAAGAUCUUGGUCAUAUAGUUGAGGGAUAUAUAGCACUGAUGAAGACUGGCGAGGUGCCAAUGCCUGAAGACCUGAAAAACGGUAGAGACAAAAUAGUAUUUGGAAAUAUUGAGGCGAUUUAUGAAUGGCAUAGAGAUUCUUUCCUUGGAGAGUUGGAGAAGUGUGUAAACGAACCUUGGAGACUUGGUAUCCUGUUUCGACGCUACGAAAGGCGCUUAAAUAUGUAUGUUGUGUAUUGUCAGAACAAGCCCAAGUCAGAAUACAUUGUAUCUGAUUAUGCAGACACUUAUUUUGAGGAGCUCCGGCAGAAACUGGGCCACAAAUUGCAACUUCCUGACUUACUUAUUAAACCAGUCCAGCGAAUAAUGAAAUACCAACUUCUGCUUAAGGAUAUUUUGAAGUUCACUGAGAAAGCGGGGUUAGAAGAAGAAGCUGAAGUCCUUAGGAAAGCUGUUCAAAUCAUGCAUGUUGUACCAAAAGCUGCCAACGAUAUGAUGAAAAUAGGACGACUACAAGGUUUCGAAGGAAAACUUACAGCUCAAGGAAAACUGUUGCGUCAAGGAACGCUGCUGGUUGGCGAUUCUUCUUCCAAUGGAAAACUGAAAGAUAGACAAGUGUUUCUCUUUGAACAAAUUAUCAUCUUCAGCGAGUCGGAAGGAAAAAAUACACAGUUCUCUCAUCCAGUGUACUUUUAUAAAAACCACUUGUUGGCGAAUAAGAUGGCUCUGAGGGAAAAAACAGAGAAUGGAGAUCCAUUGUCUUUUAUAUUGGAAUCAAAGGAUUUUAAUCAGCAAGAACUGCAUUUCACCAUUCAAAGCCAUAACGAAGCAGAAAGAGAUGAGUGGGUAACGAGCAUUCGUUCUAUUCUAGAUACCCAACUCAACUUCAUGAGAGCUUUGCAGUCGCCUAUCGCGUACCAAAAGGGUUUAAAUAAAGAUGGGUCUACAUCGGACUCGGAACAUUGGCUGAACAACACCUUGAGAAAAUCACUUUCUAAUCCUGCUUCUUCCAGCGCCACCUCAAGAUUAGAAAUUCCGGACGUUGAAAAUUCACAAAUUACUCACUCUUUUCGUGAAACAAAACGUGAAAGGAACGUUUGUGCAAAUCACGUGCACUCUCAGAAUUUUGUACACCGAAGUCAGUGUGAGCGAACAGAAUCCGGCUGUAGUUUUGAUGUUUCCGACUGCAGCUUAGAGACUUCUGAAAUCCUAGAAGAUAACAGUCGGGAUUCCAGUUCCUCGGGUUUCGAGAGGGAUAGUGGCGAUUUCAGUGUGAUCCAAAAAGGUCUAAUUACUGAUCCUCGACAACUAGAUUUAGCGGACCCUGACGUUUCUCAAGGAACUUUCAAAACGUCGCUAUAACUUAGAUAUUGAAUUGCUUAUAGUGCCAAUGUGUUGAUUAAAUCUAAAUGGGUCUUCCUUCUAUUUAAGUAUAUAGUUGUUAAUACUUUAGCCAAAAGGUAAUAACAUUGCGUACACAGACAGAAUUUAGUGUCGUCUUCUUGCUUUUUAUCUUCUGAUUAGGCUAUUUGCACUUCAACCUCUGAUUGACUCGUUCUAAAUAUUGGUGAUUGUUCUCAUCACGUCUGUUAUUCGGUAACUAAUUUUAAAACACCCUCAUCAGUAUCGUUUUUCGAGCGAUUUAUUGAUAAGAAACACGUUUUUUUUUAUCCCAAAGAAUUUACGAUUUAGUUGUUUUUCUUGCCAAAUCGUACAAGUUUUAACGUUAACAAAUAUUUUGGGGGGAUCUUAUAUAAGAUAGGGUAAAAAUUGUAGUUCAGGUGCCCCUAGAAACAGUGAGUGGUUUGUACGUAUAGUACUAAACAUAAUCAAACAUUUAUUUCAAUGAUUUUUUUUAAGAUUACUGGACUGGUCAGUAAAAAAAAAAGAUGAUUCAUGUCAAACAAAAACCAUUAGCAAUUCUAACAAUAAGUGUAGUAACUCAACUGAAAGCUAAAAUGGAUCUAUAUUGUUCUUCGUAGACCUGAAUGAAACAUUGAUUAUAAAACAGGUUUUAGCUCUAAAAUAAUAAGUUUAACGUCUGGUUAAAUACGUUGCCAAAGAAUAUUUGAAGUCAAAAUAAUGAUAUCGUAAUUUUUUUAGCGUUUUACUCGAUAGUUGUGUUGGAAGACUAUAUCAUCAAUCUUUGAAAUGGAAGAAAUUAAUAUAUUUUAGUAAAUAACUUGUAUAACAGAUCCGAACAGUGGUUUUGUCAUAACACUGCAAAUUUUAGCUUGUGUACAAAGGUACUACAGAAUAGUGCAAAUAUGUGGUAAAACUGUUUUUUUUCUUUUUUUAUUGAAUCUGUAAGUUGUACAUACACAUCUGAUUUGUCAUUCCAUUAUUAGUUAAACUUUCUUUUACUUAAACCACAAUUGUUUGUAAAAAAAAAGAUCAUUGUUAUAAACGUUAUUUUACUACCUAUGUGUGUACAAUACGAAACGUAUCUUUCAAACUCAAAGUACAGUACCGUUACAAACACACUUUCUACGUACGUUCACAUAAUAACAGACGAAGUAACUACAAACACAUGUAGCAUAAUCGCCAAACUGCUCGUACACAUUAUACUGAUUAGAUCAAGUUCAUAACACGAUAUAGUUUAUAAUACAUUAUAUUGAUUGGAUCUAGUUCAUAACACGAUAUAGUUUAUAAUACAUUAUAUUGAUUAGAUCUAGUUCAUAACAGGAUAUAGUUUAUAACACAGUAUACUCAUUAGAUCUAGUUCAUAACACGAUAUAGUUUAUAACACAGUAUACUCAUUAGAUCUAGUUCAUAACACCAUAUAGUUUAUAACACAGUAUACUCAUUAGAUCUAGUUCAUAACACGAUAUAGUUUAUAACACCUUAUACUGAUUAAAUGUAGUUUAUAACACAGUAUAUUGAUUAAAUGUAGUUCAUAACACGAUAUAGUUUAUAACACAGUAUAUUGAUUAAAUGUAGUUCAUAACACGAUAUAGUUUAUAACACAGUAUAUUGAUUAAAUGUAGUUCAUAACACGAUAUAGUUUAUAACACAGUAUACUCAUUAGAUCUAGUUCAUAACACCAUAUAGUUUAUAACACAGUAUACUCAUUAUAUCUAGUUCAUAACACCAUAUAGUUUAUAACACAGUAUACUCAUUAGAUCUAGUUCAUAACACCAUAUAGUUUAUAACACAGUAUACUCAUUAGAUCUAGUUCAUAACACCAUAUAGUUUAUAACACAGUAUACUGAUUAGAUCUAGUUCAUAACACGAUAUAGUUUAUAACACACUAUACUGAUUAGAUCUGUUUCAUAACACGAUAUAGUUUAUAACACAGUAUACUGAUUAGAUCUAGUUUAUAACACGAUCUAGUUUAUAACACAGUAUACUGAUUAGAUCUAGUACAUAGUAUAUAGUAUCACUUACUACAAAAUGUCCACUAUCGCGGACCACUUCUGUUCCUUCCAAGAAAAAACUUCACUUUAAUGAAAAUAAUUUUUGAUCGGAUAUACGAGUGCUGGCUGUGUUGGUUUUGGUAUAGUCCGGAUAUACGAGUGCUGGCUGUGUUGGUUUUAGUAUAGUCCGGAUAUACGAGUGCUGGCUGUGUUGGUUUUGGUAUAGUCCGGAUAUACGAGUGCUGGCUGUGUUGGUUUUGGUAUAGUCCGGAUAUACGAGUGCUGGCUGUGUUGGUUUUGGUAUAGUCCGGAUAUACGAGUGCUGGCUGUAUUGGUUUUGGUAUAGUCUGGAUAUACGAGUGCUGGCUGUGUUGGUUUUAGUAUAGGCCGGAUAUACGAGUGCUGGCUGUGUUGGUUUUAGUAUAGUCCGGAUAUACGAGUGCUGGCUGUGUUGGUUUUGGUACAGUCCGGAUAUACGAGUGCUGGCUGUAUUGGUUUUGGUAUAGUCCGGGUAUACGAGUGCUGGCUGUGUUGGUUUUAGUAUAGGCCGGAUAUACGAGUGCUGGCUGUGUUGGUUUUAGUAUAGGCCGGAUAUACGAGUGCUGGCUGUGUUGGUUUUGGUAUACUCGCGUUAUUCAUUGCUGUAAAUCAUUUUUGCAGUUGCCCCCCCCCCCAUAAUCUUCUCACGAAUCUCAAUACAGAUUUCGCCCCCCCCUCCCCCCCAGCUUGAGAACCACUGGUCUAACUGAACAGGGUAUGACUUCACUUUCUUAUACCCAACCACACAAAUACAUUACUCUAAAUAUACGAUGCUCAUGUAAACUGAUAUAGAGACUGUACGCUAUUGAAUAUUUGUGAUUUGGAAUAAUUAUAAACUUCGGUUAUUAUUUUUUCGAAAUUUCAUAGUGUUUAUGGACAGACCAUAUUUUACCAAAAACUACAUGUUUAUACGGCGUAUGCCUCUCAAUUUUUGAAACUUUAAUAAUGUCAGUUCUAAAGUCUUUCACUAUUUUGUCUAGCUAAAAUGAGAGAAUAUUUUCACUAAACUUUCGGCAGAGAGUUUUAGUUAGACAAAAAUUGGGAAUUUUUCCUUGCAAUGUAUCAAGUACAUUGAAACUUGUUUAAAAGUUACUCUGUUUUACAACCACGAAACUGGGUGUUCCCACUUUUGCUCAUAGUACGUAUUGAAACCUUUAUAUAUAUAUAUAUAUAUAUUUUAAAAUUAUCGUUCAGUAAAAUAAUUGUAAUCUUAAUCAAACCGCCAGUAAAGUCUACAAUAAUCUUAGUAUGUACCUAAGUGAGUUUAUUUGUAGCUGAAAGUUCCUAAAUCCUUAUUUUCGAGUUGCUGUAAAUCCACCUUGCAUCGUUAUUUCAUAAAACAACCACAAAAACAUCUAAGCUGAUCAAUUGAAUAGGUGACUGCUAUACGUAUAAAAAUUUGGAUUGCUUCGUCAAAAACAAUCUUGUAUUUAGAAAGGUUGGAAAAUAAGAUAAUGUUUACUGUGUAACUCUUCAAUUUCAAUGAGGCCCGGCAUGGCCAGGUGGUUAGGGUGCAAUCUGAGGGUCGCGGGUUCGAAUCCCCGUCCCACCAAACAUGCUCGCCCCUUUCAGCCGUGGGAGCGUUAUAAUGUGACGAUCAA